AUGAAGAAACUCCUUCUAUUACUCAACUCAAUCCUCUUAGCCAUAGGAACAUGUGGUGGCCCUCUAGUAAUGCGUCUAUAUUUCAUCCAUGGCGGCAACCGUGUCUGGCUCUCAAGCUUCCUAGAAACAUCUGCCUUCCCUAUCAUCCUCAUUCCCUUAACCAUCUCUCACAUCUACAACCGUUACAAUAACCCUAGUGGAAUUGGAAACAACAACUUUGUCUCAAUGAAACCACCUUUGUUUUUGGCCUCGGCCGUGAUCGGAAUCCUCACCGGUCUGGACGAUUACCUCUACGCCUGCGGGAUAAAGCGUCUUCCUGUGUCGACUUCGUCGCUAAUUCAAUCCUCCCACUUAGCUUUCACGGCGGUGUUCGCUUUUCUUGUUGUGAAGCAUAAGUUUACGGCCUAUUCUGUUAACUCAAUUGUCUUGUUGACGCUUGGGAGUGUGGUUUUGGCUUUGAAUUCCAAGGGUGGCGAUCGUCUCGUUGGGGAGUCGACUAAGGAGUAUGUGAUUGGUUUUGUUAUGAUAUUGGCUUCUGCUGCUUUGUAUGGAUUUGUUUUGCCGUUGAUGGAAUUGGUUUACCAAAAGAGUAAACAACUUAUUACUUAUUCUCUUGUUAUGGAGAUUCAGCUUGUUAUGUGCUUCUUUGCUACUUUCUUUUGUCUUAUUGGGAUGUUCAUAGACAAUGAUUUUAAGGUGAUUCCAAGGGAAGCAAGGGAGUUUAAGUUAGGAGAAACAAAAUAUUAUGUUGUGUUAGUUUGGAGUGCUGUAAUGUGGCAGUUUUUCUUUUUAGGAGUGAUUGGAGUUAUUUUUUGCUCCUCGUCUUUAUUAUCUGGUGUUAUAAUUGCUGCGUUUCUUCCCAUAACUGAAGUCUUAGCUGUUAUUGUCUAUAAAGAGAGUUUUCAAGCAGAGAAAGGGGUAGCUUUGGCGCUUUCUCUUUGGGGCUUUGUGUCUUACUUUUAUGAUGAGAUUAAAGAAGCAAGAAAAAUGAAAAGUAGAGAAACGGAACUGCCUCAAAGUCUUCAUUCCAAUACAUGA